CAUGCCUGCCACAGACUGCCGUCUUCAGCGAGGGUAUGCUGCACGUUUGAACUGUGUCCUGCGGCCAAUAUAAGAUUAUUAUAGUCAGUGCAUUCGCGGAAGUGAUCAUGAGCGGACAGGACAACCAAGAGCUGCUACACAGCCCUCUGAAUGGCAGCUGCUCCAAUAAAAUUGAGGGGGCGGAACGGAUUGAAAAUAGCGCCAUUGUACAAAAUAUCUGUGUUUCAGGGUACAGCAGAUGAUAUCUCAGACCCAAUGUGCUCAUCUAGCUCCCCCUUGCAGCUGCAUUUUGAGGAUAUCACAUCUGCAGCAUUCAAAGUUAAGUCUGCCAUCCUAAUCACACCAUGCAUGAAAUCCCAUCUAUCUGAACUGACAGGAAUGGAUGUUUUCCUCAAGAAGGAUUUCCUUCAGUACACAGGCAGCUUCAAGGAAAGAGGAGCAUGCUACGCUCUCAUCAUGCUGUCAGAUCAACAGAGGAGGAAAGGAGUGAUCUCUGCAUCCCUUGGGAAUCAUGCACUGGCACUGUCAUACCAUGGUCACAAACUUAACAUUCCUGUGACAGUAGUAAUGCCUGUAGUAGCUCCCAUCAUGAAGAUCAGGGCAUGUCGACAACAUGGAGCCAGCGUGGUUGUGCAGGGGAAGGACAUGGGAGAGGCAAAGAAAAUUGCCAUGCAACUCUCAAAAGAGCGAGAUCUCAUAUAUAUCAAUGGAUACGAUCAUCCACAUAUCAUGGCUGGUCAGGGUACACUUGGUCUGGAGAUCGCUGAUCAGGUCAACGAUGUGGAUGCAGUAAUUGUGCCUGUUGGUGGUGGUGGUCUCAUUGCAGGAGUGGCUCUCGCAAUAAAGACGCUACAUCCCAAAACGACUGUCAUUGGCGUAGAAUCUGAACGAUGUGCAAGCUUCUCAAGAGCACUAAAGGCCGGUAAACCAGUUUACACGCCUAUCGAAUCGACAUUAGCGGAUGGGCUGGCUGUGCCUAUGGUCGGUUAUAAUGCAUUUGCUACGGCUGCUCCACUCAUUGACAAAAUGGUUGUGGUGGAAGAAAAGUGGAUUGCGAUUGCAAUCCUGCGUUUGGUUGAACUGGAAAAAUGUGUGGUAGAGGGGGCAGGAGCUGCUGGACUGGCUGCAAUCCUUGCAGGACACCUUGACGAGCUUAAAGGAAAGAGGGUUGUUUUACCAUUGUGUGGUGGUAACAUUGACACAACAAUCCUUGGCCGGUGUCUGGACAGAGGUCUAGCAUGUGAUGGACGUCUUCUGAAGUUCUCAGUUACUGUAAGUGAUCGACCUGGUGGCAUUGCAGAGCUAUGCCGACUUAUGGCUUCAAUUGGAGUUUCUAUCAAAGACAUUAUGCACGAAAGGGCGUGGAUACAGUCGGACAUUUUCAGUGUUGAGGUCAAAGUUGUGUGCGAGACUCAAGAUAUUGAACAUGCCAGUAUCCUCAAGAGGAUAUUGUGUGAAAAUUAUAAAACAGUUAUUUUUGGGGAGAUUCCUAGCCCAGUUCUAUUGGGUGCUGAAGACGUGUCCACAAAUCUUAUCUGAGUAGAACAUGAUAAUGUGUGUACAAGUAACAAUUAUUUCUGAAUUUCUUCUAACCCUUUGAAGCAGAAGCUCAUCUCAGUAACGUUUAACAUUUUGUUUUGUUUCCUGUCCUUCAACUAUCCCUCCAUCUGUAUGUCCUUACCUAAACCACUGUGUAUUUACGGUCAUUAGGAGAUAGAUAAAUAUUAUAAGAUGUCUCCUUUACAAAACAAUUCAUGUGGAAGCAAAUAUUAUUAAGUAUGUGUAAAAAUGUAAAAAUAUUUCUAUAAAUAAAGUUGGUAGAAGGGAGAUACAGCCUUAACAUA